AUGACCAUGAUCCGGCUUCGUAGUCUAAUAACAGUCCUGGUGUCGCUAUUCAGCAGCGCAGCACCAGUCUGCCGCGCAGCAAACUUUACGCUUGUGACCGAGGACUUUGGACCCAACCCCAGAAACGUUGGCUUCUACAUUUAUGUGCCUGAUCAAUUGGCCCAGAGCCCACCGAUUCUCGUCAACCCACAUUGGUGCCACGGGGCUGCAAAUGACACAUAUGUCUACUCACAGUAUGCCAACCUGGCUGACCAGUACGGUUAUAUCGUCAUUUACCCAGACAGUCCAAAUCUCGAGGACAAGUGCUGGGAUGUGUCGUCCAAUGAGACCCUGACGCACGAUGGAGGUGGUGAUAGUCUGGGGAUCGUCAGUAUGGUGCGGUGGACCCUCGAAAAGUAUAAUGGCGAUGCGAGCCGGGUCUUUGUGACGGGUAUCUCAUCAGGCGCUAUGAUGACCAAUGUCCUUCUUGGUGCGUACCCAGAUGUCUUUGCGGCUGGCUCAGCGUGGGCGGGUGUCCCGUUUGGGUGCUUUGCGGGUGACGGCUACGAUGUCUGGAGCGACGCGUGCGCCACCGGCCAGGUCACUCACACGGCGGCGGAAUGGAAUGCCAUCGUCAACGCUGCCUAUCCGGGCUAUGAUGGCUGGAGACCAAAGUUUCAAUUGUUCCACGGCACGGCGGACCAGGUGCUCAACUAUACAAACUUUGGCGAGGCCGUCAAGGAGUGGACCGCCGUGUUUGGGCUGAGCGACGUCCCCACGAGUACCAUUCUCAAUUGGCCCAAAGCCAACUGGACCAAGUAUACUUAUGGUAACGACUGGUUUGAAGCGACGAGUGCUCUUGAUGUAACGCACGAUAUCAGCACAAACGAGACGGUCGUCCUGGAUUGGUUUGAUCUUACUUGUACGACUGGAGGCUGCUUCCAAUGGGGCACGGGGGGUCCGUUUUCCAACGGGACGAGUUACCGCAAGUGGACAGUAUAG